AUGUUUAAGAUUUUAUUUAAUUUUCUAUUUUAACAAUGUAACAGCAUCGAGGAAGAGGAAGAAGCACUGCACACAGAGCUCCCAACCAGGCCAGAAUGUCAGGAAAUAAAAGCAACAGACCAGGAGUUCAAUUACCCCCAUUGAAUAUGAGGAAUGUCAACAUGAAUGAGCAAUUUAACAAUACAAAUAUUGGCCAAAUGAGUUCAUCUACCAAGUAUUCAAAAUACUCUUCCAGAGUUAAGAGAGGAAGAGGAAAUAACAAGAUCUCAGUUUUCCAAAACAGAAUGAAGAAGGUCAUUGUCAGUGUAGAUAAAAGAAAAUAAGUUCAAUAAUACAAUGGCGCCUACUUCUCUAGGCAUCCAGAGUAUUGUUAUUGGGCCUGGAUUUCAUGAAGAUGAAGAAGAGAAGAAUAGGCCUAAUCAGCCUGCUCCAUUUCUCACACAAGGAGGCAUGGACUUAAACCAGUCACAUCAUCCAAGAACUGCUAAGUUAGAGCCAAUUCAACCUUCUCAUCAACCAAAUUCUGAUCUUCGGAGAGUUCCCAUUUCUGAAUCCAAGAACGAAGAGAUAUCUGAUAGAGAUAUAAAUGAUCUUUUUCAGAGCAAAUAAGGCUCGUGAUCUUAGCACAUCUUCUCAGAGAAAGGAGAAUGCAGAUAUGCUGAUGUCAGAGAAUUCUGAGAUUCAGGAAAGAUAUGACAACAAGACAACUCAGAAUCUCUGUGACCUUAUGAACCAAGCUAACAUGACUGGCAAAAUUUUCAUUCCUGUCAAGAAGGUUACUGACCAAGACAUUGAGUAUGGGAAGAAGUUGUUUAAGGAAGAAAUGAAUGCUCCUUUAAAUCAUGAAGGUACUACUGUAUUCUCAAAGCAAGGACUCAUCAUGGUUGGCAAAGGUAGAGGGAUUCCUUCUGAUUACAUCUCUCAUGAUGCACUUGUUAGGGAUGGAAUGAACAAACAAAUCUAUGCAAAUCUCCCAAUCUUUAGCAAAUUCGCUCUGCUUAAAACCUUCAAGCAGUGGAAGUAUUCUGCACAGUACAAAAAGUAUCAGAGGAAGAGAGAAGCGUUGUGCAGAAAUCUGGUUUUCUCUAAACCUCAAUUUGCUCAAGGAUAUGCUAUGAUCAACCAUGCGAUCAAUGACAUUAAGGAUUUAAGAUUUUUGGAGAUAAAGAAAAGUACAAUUUUUGCCAGGAAGCAACAAAGUCUCAUUGAGAAGACAGAAAGAGUAGAUAUUCUCAGAAGUCAAGUGGACCUUUCCAAGAUUCUUUAUAGGAUUAAAAUGAUCCUAAAGCAACUGAAGGACACUAUUCUUAAAGAUGAUACUCUGCUUGAUGAGGAGAGGAGGAAGUGGCAAGAGCUGGAAAUCCUCAAAAAGAGUAAAUAUGAAGAUCACAUUGUAUUUACUAAAGCACGAAAGAGGAGAGAGCAAGAAGGAGAGAAAAUGAAAGUAUCUAAAACCAGACACACAAUGUUUGACAACCUUAUUGCAUAUGUUAAUAGAUAUGUCUCUUCAAACCUAGCUCAGGUAUUGUUCGAAAAUAAGAAAGAUUUUACAGAGGUGUUACUUGACCCUACUAUAUCUCCUCAGUUUGAACUCUCUGUUUGAUUUGAUAAGAAAGGCAAGGUUAAUGUGACCCCUACAUUUGAAGAGCACUUUGCUAGUUUCACAAGACUUUUUAACUCUGUUGAUAGAGGUAUUUUGAAGAAUCCAACUAUCAAUGAAUUCUAUGAAUUUAUAAAUGAAAUGUACUUCCUUCGUGGAGUCAAUAAGAAAGGUCAGGUGGACAUUUUCCCUUGGAAAGAACAUGUUUCAAGAAUUAGUAAGGAAAAUCUAGAAAUUGAAUACCACAAACUAGAUUUGGACUUUGAGAAAUGGAAACCAGAAGAAGAGAAAAUGUUUUCCAACUCAAAAAGAAAAGAUUCUGAUGAGCCUAAGACAUUAGAUUUUAUCACUAGGAUUCUUUCAAGAGUGAAGCAUGAUAUUAGUGAGAGCAGAGAGUUCGUCAUCAAUUUCCAAGAAACACAAGAAAUUCAUGAUUUUUCCGAAGAGUGGAAGAGAAAGAUCAAUUCUAUUAGCCCAGAGAUGAACUUCUACAAAGAGACUUGGGAGAAAAUUAAAGUUCAUGAAAAAAUUAUCUCCAGAAUUCCUACUUAUUCAAACAGAAGAGGGACUAUCUUGAUAGAGACUUUAGGAUUUAAGAACUAUCUUAAUGAGCUUCCUAAAAUGGUCAUUGACUCUAUUAGAUAUAACGUAGCUAGCACUAUGGAAAAAGAUACAAGAGCUUUGAAGGAUGAUCUCUAUAAAGUGGUUGAGACUUUGGAGCAAACUCCAUCUUCGAUCAAUAUCUAUCUGGAGCAGAUCAAUAUGUGUAAAUAUAUUUCAUUCAAAAUGCCAGAGUUCACUCAAAAGUUCCAGUCUAUUGACAAUCUCAAUGAACUCUGCAGACAAGACAAUAUCAAGAUUACAGUUGCUUUACAAGAAGAUAUUGAGAGAGUAAAAGAGCUGUAUGAGAAAUUACCAACCAAAUUAGCUGAAGCUGAGGAAGCUUUAAAGGCUAAACAAGUAUCUAUUGAGACAAUUAUCCAUACUUCUUCAGAUACACUUUCCAAGAAGAUUAGAGCUUUCCAGAAGAAGUACAUUGAAACAUAUCUCCAGGAUAGAUCAAGAAUCGAUGAAUGCCACCAAACUCUUGAGGAGCUAUUCAAAAGGUCUAAGGCUAUUCAAGAGAUUAAAUCUAAAGUUAUUCUCUACAAAGAGUUCUUCAACAGAAAAGUAGAGUUAGAGUCCUCUAAAAACUUUGAGAAGCUGCAUGAACUUCAUAUUCAGACUAUUAACCUCUGGAAAAUGAUUCUUUAUUGGAGGAAGAGAAGAGAGAUGUGCUGGACAACGCCAUUUCUUGAGCUAGAUAUUGACAAGAUCAUUAGAUCUAUCAAGAAAACAACCAGAUAUUUCGAAGAGAAAGUUAGCAAAUAUCCCCUUUUGAAAGAGAAGAGUAAGGUUCUUGGUCAAAUAGUCUUGAACCAAGCAAAAGAGACCAGCACUUUGAUCAAUUUCUUGAAGAACUGUAAGAAGCCUAGCUUGAAGGGGAGGCAUUGGGGUCAGAUCUUUAGUAUUAUUAAGGCUCCUCACUUGAAGAACUCAGCUAAAUUUACAAUUAUCAACUUGAGAGAGGUCCAUAUUGAGAACUACAUGGAUGAAAUUGGAAAAGUAAUCGGGCAAGCUGAUAUUGAGAUGAAAUAUGAGACCAUUAUCUCGAAGAUUGAGAAGGAGUGGGAUCACAUGAAACUAAAGAUUAUUCCCUACAUUCCGGAAAGCGAAACUUUUGUUCUCUCCAAUAUUGAUGUUACCUUUGAUAAAAUUGAGGAUAACCUAACAACACUUGAGAAUAUUCUUAGCUCAAGAAAUGCAUCUCAUGUCAAGGAGAAGAUUGAGGAGUGGAUGAAAAAUUUGAUAAUAAUGAGAGACAACCUUGAGAAAUGGAUUGAAGCACAAAAUAACUGGAUGUAUCUUGAUCCAAUAUUCGGAAGCAGUGAAAUUCAGAAAGCAUUGCCACAAGAAUACUCUAAAUUUCUUGAAUUGCAAGAUUCAAUGAACAAAAUCUAUUUCUCUGCUUAUGUUAAUCCAAAAGCUGUGUAUAAUCUUGUGGUGAACAAUAGAAUCGAAAUAUUUAACAGCUUGAUAACUUAUUUCACGAAAAUCAAGAAAAUAGUUGAUGAUUAUUUAGAAGAUAGAAGGCUCAAGUAUCCAAGAUUCUUCUUCCUCACUGACUGAGACUUUUUAGAGUUCAUUGUGAGAGCUGGAGCAAGGCAGAAUUUGGAUAAAUUUAUUGACAAGAUCUUCCCUGGAGCAGCAUCUUUGUUGAUGUCAGCAGUCAGCCAAGGAAAUUUUCAAGAAGGACCUACUGAUGAAGAAUUUAACAAAUUAGGGCAUCUUCCAGUGGAUACUGAGGACAGUAAAGAUAACAUUUUAGGAAUGAUCUCUCAUCAAUCUGAUUUGCUAUUAUUCAAUAGAUCUGUUGCAUAUAAUACGAAACCAGAAGUGUGGCUUCUCAAAACAGAAUUCUGCGCUCAUGAAACUAUAGGAAAGCUCAUAGGAAAUGCAGUAAGCUCAUUCCCAAAGCAGCCUUUGGAUGAAUGGAUUGUUGAUUACCCUCAACAAACUAUUUUAUCUACUAUCCAUCUGAUUAUGACGCAUGAAAUUAAUGAGAUGCUUCAUGAAAUGAGACUAGCGAGAGGUACUGAAGAACCCACAGUAUCCCAAAGUGGAAUGACUGAUACGCUAGGCAUCAAUGAAACUAGUAACCUCAACACAAGAAGUAACCACCAGCUACAGGACAUGAGUAAGGCAACAGAGAGUGUUCACCCUGCCCAUCAGAAUCAAGAAGAAGGUAAGAUAGAAGAAGAAAACGAAGAUGAAGAAGAUAAAGAAAGCGAGCACCAAGAAGGCGAAGGAGAGAGUGAGAAAUCAGAAGCUGAAGAAGCAGAAGGUGAAGGCAACAAAGAAGAGGAGAAAAAGAAAGAAGAAUCCAUAGUUGACAAAUCUCAAGGACCAACUCCUGUUGUAGGAAGGCUUACCUUGUUGAGAAAGAAAGAGGAAGAAGCUAAACAAAAAGAGAUUCUUCUUAAACAACAGGAAGAGAGGGAUCAAUAUGUUACGGACAUGUUUGGUUGAAACUUUGAUAUCACUAAACUUACAGAGGGAGUUGUUAACUCUAAAACUCUCAAAGUUCAACCAUUUAAAGAUGAAGCAAUGAAAGCAUUACAGGAAAAGAGUUUCCAAGGACUUUAUCUGAGAUUGCAGUUCUGGAUAAAUCAAAUUUAUAAAAGACUCCAUACAAAGAAGGCUGGUUGUGGACUUAAGCUUGAUAAGACUCAUGUCAUGAUUAUGAAGACAAUCAUCUGCUUCCUUAGUUAUAUGAGAGAUGUUGUGAUGGAUUUGAGGCAAAAGGGAAUUGAUGAUUACGAAAGUUAUGACUGGCAAAAGCAGAUGAGACUUACCUGGAAUGCAUCCGAGCCAGCAUGUAAGGUUGAGUGAGGAGGUUGGUCCUCAUACCAAGGAAAUGAAUAUCUUGGAUCAAAGAUCAGGGUUCCAAUGACUCCUCUUACAAAUAGAUAUUUUGUCUUUUGAAGUGCUGCUUUGAGAGAAAAGUCUGCUGUUAUAUUUAGAACAAUCCCCUCCCAAAGUAGAGCAAGUGAGAUUUUUGAGGAAUAUGCAAGCAUCUGCACAGUUGGUUUCCAUUCUCUAAGUCUGAGUGAUAACCCAUCAACUUCACAAUUAAAGCUUUGUAUGAAAUUCCUAAAUGCAGCUGCCUUGACAAACUGUUGGGUUAACUUCGAGCAUUUGUGUCGACUGAAUUUCACAGAAUUUAGAGCUUUUGUCAAAGAGCUACAAAUGGUUCAGCAGCAAUUUAUCAUCUCUGAACUGACCAAUGACUCUGAAAAUUCUUCAGAACAGGAUUCUAUAUUAGUCCAAAAGCAGUUUGAAAAAGCUCAAGAUGAGCUAGAGGUUCCUCAAAAUUUCCCCCAAGAUAACAAAAACAUUGAUAUAAAUGAGAACGAUGAGCUUCCAGUCCCAUAUUCAAGAGGUUUUGGAGUUAAUAAGGUCAGUUUUGCUAUUUUCGCAAGCUUUAAGAGCCAAUUUAUUCUAAACGAGUCACCUCAGUACAAAAGAUAUGCCUCGGCAUCCCAAAGUAGCUUCAGAGUGAUGGGUAUGGUCAUUCCUGACUACCCUGUACUUCUCGAGACUCUUCUUAGCAAUGAAGGAUUCAGAGAAAAUUGCUCUAAUCUGAAAGCCAUAAUUAUAAAUUUCUUGAAAAUCUUCGCAGAAAAUUCAGAAAUGAAGAUUAUUCCUACCUACAGAGAAUACUGGACAAUAUGCAAGCUCGCCAGAGGAAAUGCAUUGAAAUACCUUGAUGAAGACUUUGUACCUCUGAAGCUAGAAUUUGGAGAGGCUCAAGAAAAGUCUAAGAACACACCCAACCAACAUUCUAAAGGAGGCUAUGCCCUCUUUGAGAGAGAAUUGAAAAUCAAGCAAGCAGAGAUUCGCAAACAGAUCGAAGUCUAUGCCAUUAAAGAGGCUUUGGCAACCUGGACCAGCAGUCGCUAUAAGGGAGAAUUCCUGUGCAAAUAUAUGGGAAUGGAUGGUGAUCCUGAUGAAAAAUUUGAAUUCUGCAUUACAGAAGCCAAAGAGAACUGUGGACAUCACUCUAAUGAAGACCUUGUCAGCAAUAAUGAUAUCUCAUUUUCCAAAAACGAGGAAUCAAAAGAAGAAAUUAAAGAGGAAGACCUGGAAGAAGAAAACAAGUUUAUCCCAGAUGAAGAUGAUAUUGAUGAGAAAAGAAUGGACUAUCUGAAGAUUCUAAACAAUUUCAUGAAAGAAGAAAGCAAUUCUCAUAAUAUGAUCCUCAAAGGCAAGAUAAUCUCUAUUGUCGAAGCUCUGAAGCACAACAAGGGUAUUGUAGUUUCAGGACCUAGAUGUACAGGCAAGACCAGCAUUAUUAAAGGCCUUGGAUAUCUGCUAAAGAACUCAGAGAUUAAUGUUGACAUGAGAAUCUCUAUCCUGAGCCCAGAUGUUUACAAUAUGGAGAAGCUAUAUGGGACUGCUGAGUCAGGAGUGAUGAACCCAGAGAUUUCUACAAACAAAGAUGUCAAAAUCUCAAGUAUUUCUAAAACUGUGUUAGAAAUUGCCACUAAAGGAUUUGAAUUGAUCACAGAAACAAAAGAUAAAGGGAUUUCCUCUGAUGAAGAAGAAAUAGAGAAGCAUAUUGAAGUCUCAAGCCAAGAAAGUCAAUCUGAAGAGGCGCCAGAAAGCCCAAAGAUGCUGAAAACCUUCCUCUUUGAAUCAUCUGCAAUCAACCCUCUCUGGUCAGAUUGAUUGGUGAAUUAUAUUAACGAAUCCAGCUACAUGUCAAAUCUGUUCUCUUCGUGAGUUGAGAAUGAUUUGAAGAGAUUUGAGCUAAAGAAUGAUAUCCAACUGAGCUUCCCUAAUGGAGCUUCAGCAAGGUUGCCGAGAGAUAUAUUGAUGAUGUUUGAAUGAGAUACCAUCCGGGAUGCAUCCCCUACCUUCAUUUCAUCAACAAUGCUAGUCUACACUGAAGAAAAUACUCUCAAAUGGAAGGAACUUUUCUCUAAGGAGAAAGCUAAGGUGAUCAAGAUGCUAAAGAAGAAGCCCUUUGUUGAUUUUGAGCUAUAUGGUCACUUUGAAGCAGCUUUCAAAGACUUUGUGGUUCCUUUCAUUGGAAAACUAUGCGAGACAAAGCUAAAAACCGCUGAUUUCUGGAGGAUGAAAAGUCUAACAGUGAGGUUAUUCAAGUUCCUUGAUGGUUUAUUGGCUAAUAUGGUGCAAACUGAGAGAGAUUUAAGUAAAAGAGACGAUCCAAUAUUCCUUCCGAUUAAGACUAAAGGAGAAUCUAUCUCUCUUAACUUAUGCCUGAUGUCUUUAGUGUGGACCUUUGGAGCAAUUCUAAACCAGGAUAUGAGGAGAAGAUUUGAGGAUACCUUCCUACAAUAUAGAAGGAAAUUUGACCUAAAUCUCAGUGGAAGCUUAACUUCUGGAGGACUUGGUUUGAGCAAAAAUACUAAAGUAUCACUCUUUGAAAUGUAUUUUGAUCUAGAAAGGCUUCAAUGGGAUCUUGUAGCUGAGAGAAUUGGGACAAGAGUAUCUGAAGGCUAUCAAUCAAAGAAUAAUCAAAUAAUUAUCCCAUCUCUUGAAAUGUCUCAAGGAAUGCUUCUUUUUGAUAUUUUAAUGACCAACAGGAACUAUAACAUCCAAAUUGAAGGAAAAUCUGCUUGUCAAAAGACUACAGUUCUCACAAACAUAUCACAUAAGCUGAAGAGAGAAUAUAGAUCGAUCUGGAUUCCAAUGACUAUUUCUAACACUAUUGAGAAGAGUAGAAAAGUGUAUGAGCAGUUUUAUAAAACAAGUGAAAACAGGUUCAUCAUGACCCCAAUUGAUUCCCUCAAGCCUCUGUUUAUCAUCGAUGAUCUUCAUCUAGAAGAUAAUACAAACUCAAGUUUCAGUGAAUUCUUCAGGAUGUGGGAUAUCUACGGAGGAUACUAUCACCUUGAGAAUGGACAUUUCGCUAAUUUUGAAGAACUCAGGUUUAUGUGUUCAGUAAACCCAUCUGCCCGGAAAAACAAGAACAAAGUUUCUCGACUAAGCUACUAUAUCAACACGAUUUAUUUCGAUGAGCUUGAUAAUGACAGAUUCAGGAUUUUCAUUCAGAAUUGGUUAACAAAUCGCAGUUGGAACACUUCUAAGUUGGUGAACAAAUUCUAUAUUCUGAUUACCAAUAGCUUAAUGUCAAUAAAGGAAAAGAUGCAGAAGGAGGAAGAGUUCUCUUGUACACAAGACCUCAAGAUCUAUAACUUCCAUAAUUUUGUCAAGUUUCUCUACAAUUUUAGUAAUUUCACCCUGAUGAUCAACGACGAUGCCACAGUAGAUGAGAAGGAGGAGAUGGUGGUAGCCCAGAUUCUUGCAUUUGAACUUGCUAGUACCUUUGCUGAUAGAAUUAUGUUCCCGAGCAUUAAGAACAACUUCUUGUUGAAGAUUCAAGAGAUUUGCAAACACAAUUUCUUGAUUCCAAGUAUUUCCCCGAACAAGAUAAAAUCAUAUGUGUAUGGAAACUUCCAUGAGCUUCAUAAACAGCAGAGUAGUUUUGUGUAUAAGAAGUACUCAAAGGAUGAAUUUAAAUCAAUGUCAAAAGACCUUUGUAAAGGACUGAAGCUUGAUACAGAAAAAUCUUGUGGCUAUCUCCAGGCUUAUCUAGAAUCACCUGGGAUCUUAAGGCAAGUCUACAAAAUUGCAAGAUUAUUGGUCACAAGAAGCAAAGGUAAAAACUUCCAAAAUGGAAAUCUGAAUUCUCCAUCCGAUAAGAUUUAUAAAAAGUAUGAGCCUAGUUCUAGGUAUAAAUCUUCCAUAGUCAAGGACAGUCACUUAUUCUUAGUUGGUGCUCCAAGAGUUUGCGGAAGAGAACUCCUUCAAUUAGCUACACUAAUACAUCCAAAUAUGUAUCUAUUCGAGCCUGAGGUGAUGAUGUCUUCUGAUUUUGUUGGGUUUAAGAAUUCAUUAAGAGAAGCAAUGUUACUAGCAGUUAGCUCUGACAAAGACGUUGUGUUCUUCUAUGACACCAAUCAUCUGGAUGACCCAAUCUAUGUGGAUUAUAUUUAUAACUAUAUCAGUCUUUUUGAUAGAGAUUCGAUUGAAAUGUUCGACAAAGAGUUCUGCGACCAACUUAUUAAUGCUGAAAGAGAGUACAUGAAAGCCAGGCUCCAGCAAUUCCCAAGCUCUAAAAAUUUAAACCCUCUAGAGCCAUUAUCCAAAGGUCCAAGUGGAAAAUCUAAGGGUAUUUACACCUAUGAGAGUGAAAAGAGCCGUGAUCUUAGUGAUAAUGAGCUUUAUACCCUAUCAAUAUCCAAGCUGGGCUGUCAAUUCCACAUAGUCAUUAAUGCAAGUAGCAUAAAGGAUUAUAAAGAAAUCAAUAAAUACUCAUCUCUUGAGUCCAAAAUGACUGUGAUGUUCUUAGAAGAUAUUGUUAAUGAGGACAGUCACCUGUUCACUACUGAUGAUAUAGAGACAACCAAUAAGACUAAUUUCAACAUGUUCGACCUUUCUUAUGACUCUUUCACCAGAAUGCAGCUGCAGAACCCUAUCCCUCAAGGAGUCCAAGAAGGUUAUCAAGACACUGAGGUAGAGAUUGAUCGUAAAAACAAGCAAUUAGCCAAAAUAAUGAUUGACAUGAAAUCCAAGAUUCAUAAUAGCAUCCUUGACUUCUACAAGGUGGUAAUUAUAGAAGACCCUGAUGAAGAAGUAGCUCCCGGAAUUCCUUCAACUGUUAUUCCUUCUUCAGACAUGAAGCUGGAAAUGAUUUCAGGGCUGAUCAAUAAGAAUAUAAAAGUGUCUCCAUACUUAGAUGUCCCAAUGUCGGUCAACUACAAUUCAAAAUUUGUGAUCUUGCAUGAAAUGAUUAAAUUCAUGCAUGACUUCAUGUCAACCUCUCUGAUGAUGCGGAACAACUACUAUGAAAGCUUAGUUGAGAAAUCAAAUGACCUUUCUGAAUUCUACGAGUCAACUGUUGUGAGGAAGAAGGAUCUCCAUUCCAAAAACCACACUGUGACAGUACAAUUGCUUGAUCUCCAAGACCAGAUCUCGAGGAUUGACUCCCAACUUGAUGACAUCCGUGUGUCUAUUAAUACCAAUAUUGAGAAGAAAAAGCAGCAGGCAGAGCUUGAGAAAGAAGUGGAAAAAGUCCUUAGAGAGAAAGACAGAAGAAUCAAGAAAAUAGUUCAUGUUAUUGAACAGACUACAGGGGCUGACUACGAGUUUGUGCUUAAGAACACCAAAUACGGCUCAUCUGAAGAUUUCCUGAUUAAAACUUUCGGAAAAAUCAUUAAUGAAGAUGCGAUUGGAUUUAGGAAUCGACAAGAGCUUGAAAUUCUCUUUAGCAAUAGUGCGCAUCUUUGAAAGAUUCUACUCUCAAAGAAAGAUAGAGAUCAACCAGAACAAGUAUUCUCUGCUUUGAAGGAAUUUGUGAUAAAGCACUCUGCUCCUGAUUUCUCAUCAAGACCUUUGAUGAAGAAUCUUUUCAGAUAUUUACUUGAAAUUUACAGAAAAAUGAAUUUGAAAAAUUCUAUGGGGAGUACUCUCCAGAAAAUAGAAGACAUAAAAGCUCAAACUGCAGAAGCUGAAAUCUCAAUUGAUAAAAGAGAGGCUGAGACGCUGGCUCAAAAAGAGGCUUUAACUAAAGAACUUACAAAUUGCAAAGCUUUGCUGAAUGAUUUGAGUGGAGUGAUUUCAUCCACAGAAAUUUCAAACGUGAGGUCUGCUCAGAUAAUAUCUUCAAUCACAACAAUCUCCUCUACUGCUGCUAACAAAUUGGAUCAUACUCGCUCAAGGAUUAGGACAAUUCUAGGUGACACAAUCCUUCUCUCUUACUCAGUGAUUUACUUAGGAAUAUUCUCUAUGAGGAAAAAGAUAGAGUUUAGGAAGAUCCUUAAGGAAACUUUGAACAGCUUCAAGAUUCCCUCAUCUCCAGAAUGGAGCUCAGAAGAUCCAGAAGUGCAUUGCAAGAUCUUCAAAGAGAUCUGAGAAGACAAUGGUGUUCACAAAAUGAUGAACACAACCAUGUUUGACGAUAUUGGCAAUAUGAGAUCUUGUUUUGUGAACCUUAACAGUAACUCCUCUGAAGAGGAAGGUAUUGACAGUGAGAAAUUGUUCUCAAUGAAUCCAGUAUUUUGAGAAAGUCUGUUCUGUUUGAUAUUCAGCCCAACCACACCAGUCUGAUUUGACUCCUCAGGACUUCUAUCUGAGUUUAUCAAGAAAGUUUUCUCUGGAGGUAGCUAUGGUUAUGACCUACAAGAGGUCCGGAGUCCUAAAGAUGAAAAUAAAUUAGCAGAAAUGAAAAACCCAAAUGAUUCACAGAUAAGUGUCAGCCAAGUUGGGACUGAGCACACUCCUAAAGAAGAUAUAAUCUGACUCCAUGAUGCAAAUCUUACUGUUCCUGAGGGAAGUAGUCCAAAGUAUAUCAAAUCUCUAAAAAGCCACUGGAACCCUCUGAUGCAUAAAUUAGGAUGUUACAAUAUAGCUAAUUUGAAGGAUGUAAAAGCUCAAAUUAAUAAGAAAAUAUCCAUAAUGGAUUCAGGACUUUCUGUGUUCCAAACAAAUUUAUUUGUGAAUAACUUCAAGUUCACUCUUGGAGAUGAGUACGAAGCUAAAUGCACACCAAUCAUGGUCGAGCCUGACUGAUUCAAAGUUGUCAAAAAGUCUAAGGACAAAGCUGACCAGGCCAAUGUAAUCAGCCAAGUUAAUUACUGGAUCGCUGUUAAGGGGUGAUUCUUGAAACAUUACUCUGAGCCCAUAGAUGACGAGGAUGGAAAAGCAGUUAAUUCUUACGAGCACUUUAUCCAUCUUCAAAACCGCUUGAUUCCAAAAUUGAAGGAUGAAUUGGAAGCUUAUCAGACAAAUUUUGAAAACAUUUUCUGCUUAGCUAGAUCCUUACAUGACAUGAGCACCUUUGUGCAGUUAAAGAACAACAUAAAGAAUAUAAAGGAGACUCAGGCUAAUUUGGAUAAAGCCUUGAGAGAAUAUCAGAGGAUUAUAGAAGCUGACCCUUUGCUAAACUCUUAUUCUAAGUAUAUCUGCUGUAUGUACAGAGCAAUGACAACACUCUGUAAGCUCACUGAUGAGCCUGUCUACACCUGGAAGAUGUUUCUCAAAAUAGUAGACUCUAUAGUCACAAAGAAAAAGAGAGAGCAAUCAAAGAAGGAGAAAGAGGAAGCUGAUGAAGGUGAAAGUGAAAACGAGAAGUCAAAUAAACAUAUUGAAGUUUACAAGGAAAAAAUUAGGCUGAUUGGGAAGAAACAAGAGCUUUCAUUUGACUUCCUUUAUUCAGAAAUCCUUCCAAGCAUUUACUCAGUUAUCUGAGCAGGAUAUUCCCCAGAAAAUGUCUCUCUAAUGAACUUGCUAUUCUCACUUGAGAUUGGGAACCAAAGAGGAAGUUUAGAUAGAGCCGAGCUUGAGUUCUUCCUUGAAGCUAUUCUCAAAUUCGAGAAUUAUAAAGAUUGGAGAAAGCCUGGGACAACUUUUGUUAGGAUCACAUCUAAAAUAAAUAAGGCUGAAUACAUGAGGCUGAAAAUAAAUAUUACAAGGCUAUAUCCAAAACAUCGAGCUCUCUUUGAUCAGAUUGAUGACAAUGUUGCCACUUAUAAGGAUAUAAUGAACAUCCUGUUUAAAGAUGAGGGAGAUAGGCAAACGCUGAUGGAGGAUAUUAAUCUAAGAUUCUUAUGCCCAGAUGAUGAGUUUAGGUCAAAAGUGUGCCAACUGGUUUAUGAAGAGCUCUUAGCAAUAUUUGACUUUAAUGAAGACCCAGUGAAAUUAUCUUCAUUCAUCAAAACAGCUUCUUGGCAAUAUCCUGUUGCAAUGAGAGCAUCUGAGUCAAUCAAUAUUGUUAACACCAUUUGCUCAAUCGCUUCAUUCUAUGGAGUUGGACUGGAAGUUAUUAGAACAGACAUAGUGAAUCAAAUUCUUACUAAUCAAAACUACAGAGCAAAUCAGGCUAUUAAGGCAAAUCUUGUUGAGGAAAGACCUCUAGAUGUGCAAGCAAAGCUACUUUCCAAGAACACAGAUGAAGAUCAUUUUGAGAAGCCAGUGAUCCUUGAGACGAAACCUCCCCAGAGCUUCUCGAUGAAGUAUAAAACCAAUGAAAAUGAAACUGAAGAUGAGACAAAGAUGAAAGGAAUAGACGCGACUCUAGACAUCAUUGAAAGAUGAGCUACCAGCGGUACUUGGGUUCUGAUCUCGACUCCUGAAUUCCCAUCCUUCUGGAGAAGGAUGUGAUCAAGAUUGGAGGGGUUACAAAUUGUCAACUCAUUUAGAAUUUUCAUUGACCUCCAAUCGAUAGACUAUUUCACAGUGCCUCCAAGCUUCCUCUGAGAUUACUCAGUCAGGUUCAUCCUCACUGAAGGCAAUAAUGAAGAUAUGGAAGGAUUCAAUGACGUUUGGGCUAAUAUUCUGAAUGGAGACAUCAUCAAUAAUUCGGAGAAUAUAUCUGAGCAUCCUUCCUUAGCUGUGAACAACAAGAAAUUCAUUGAGAAGAAGGUAGACAUUUCAGCCAAUAACCAGAUGAUGGGGGAUAUUUCUGUCAUAAAUACUCAGGAGGGAGCAAACCGAAUUGCUAAUGUUAUUGUUCCAAAUGAUUUAUCUAAGGAAGAAGGAGAGAUAUUCCUAGAAAUCACCUCUGCAUUGAAUCCCGAGCAAAAAGCUCUAGUAAAGGAAAGAAAAUAUCUGGAGGUUUCUAAGGAAGAAACCAAGCAUAGGGAGACAAAACAUAAAUCUGAAAUGAUUAACAUUGAAGAAAAUAAUGAUUUAUUAGAGAAAGCUGACAACAGUGAGAUGCCUUCAGCUAUCGGAUUAGAAGAAUCUAAAGAGGAAUCUGCUCCUCCUUCCAAGCAAGAAGAAUCUCAAUCUCAUGCAGAGCAAGAUGAAGGGAAGUCUGAUAAUAUAGACUCUAAAGCUAUAUCUAUAGCCUUAGAUCAGCCUAAUUCAAACCAAAAGGUAGAUGAUCCUGCUGUAAUCGAAAGUAAGCCAGAUUCACCUUUGAAAGAAGAAAAAUCAAGAGAGAGUUUAUAA